AAUGAGCAGCUAAGUAGUAGUCGCAAUCGUGCCUGUGAGUGUGAGUUUGAGUGAGUGGUGUUGGAGUGCCUUGCUCAUGACAGAGACAGAGAUGCUGAGACAGGAAGCCCGUUCAUGGUGACGCCGAUGGAUGAUGUUGCUUUCUCGCUUGAUACAGCUUGUCGGUGGAGAAGAGAAUAGAAAAUAAAGAGAAGAAAAGUUGGCAUGGAACGAGGGCAUGUGGAAGAAUUGUGCUUCUCAUUAUUGCUGGUUCUCUUCUUCUUCUUCUGCCGUAGUGCAUAAGCUUCGGGGUAUAUGCCCAGGUGACCAUGAUCGGCACUUCAUUUGGACCCGAGCUUCCACGGAUUUUCGUUUUGAGGGGCAAGUGAGUGAGAGUGAGAGAUAGAGAGUGAGAGAGGGAGGGAGGGAGGGGUGAGAAGAUGAAGAGGAAGGGAGGUGCGUGUGAUUGUUUCUGUUGUUGUUAUCGUGGAUAGUGGGGAGGAGUUUUAGAAGGUUGUGUGGAGCGAUGGAUUGGGUUGGUGCUUGUUCCGCUAGGGCAUCGUGGCCAGGAAGGAGGAGGGGAAGAAGGAUGUGCCCUGGCGAUGGUAGGGUUGUUGCUUCUGGAGAGAUAGAGAAUGCUUGUGUGAUCAGUGGGAUGAAUGAGCGGGAUUCUUGUGUCCCGAUCGUAAUUCUGCGUGGGUUUGUGGUUUCAACGAGCUGGGUGGAAUGCUGGUAGCCACGAGGUGUUUUCGUCGAAUGCUUUCUUUUCAAGAUGUCCAGCUGCAGCAAUGCGAAUGGCAAGGAGGUGAGGUAGACUCUUACAGCAGUUUGUGUGUUGGGGAGACUAGUAGUAGUAAUAGUAGUUUGUGUGUUGGUCUGCAGGAUAGAAGGGAAAGAAGGGAGUUGUAUAACCAUCUUUGUUGCGCUCAUCUCAUGAAAGAUCCAUUAGACUGUCUCAUGUUUGCGCUUACAACGUCACUGAUCGAGUCUAGUUUGGUUUUCUUUAUCAGCUUUUGCCUGAAAAGGGGUGACUCUGUUGAAGAAUAGAGUUGGUUCAGAGUUAUGUGUUGCAAUAUCAUGAAUAUUCUUGUAUUGGAGAUAAUGUAGUAGACAUUUUCUAGGAAUCUUGGCAAGGUAUGCUCCCAGCCUUCUAUCACCAAUAAAUUAGAAGUCCGAAGCCGUGCCAAAGGUCGUUAGAAUUAAAUAAAUGGUAGUUAGCAACGGUAGUAGGGGCGUACCUGAGGCUUUUACUAACGUGGUGUAGGCUGUAAACACUCAGCAUGCCGUGCCCCGCCACAUUCAACUUCUGUACUUGAGCCAAGAAUACCCUGACACACAUUACAUGGCUGUGUCGGAUGGUUGUCGUUUUAUACCACAAGGCUGUUUGCCAGAAUUCUGUUCCUCUGAAUGCCGACAUUGAUCUUUCCUCGAGCUGAGCAGUCCUGUUAUUAGUUUUCUAGACAGUACGUGAGAGAUAUUUAGGAGUUCAAGAUUGAUGGUUGUUGAUUGAGUGAGGAAAAUUGUUGUGGUGAAGGUUUCGCAGUGCGAGUAUCGAUGCGCUCAUUUUAAAAGGAAAAUAAAGGGUUAGGGUUCUUAAUUCCGCGUAGGCCCUGAAAGCUGUGAACUUGAGAAGAAGCUACUGAUGAUAUUCAUUUCGCGUGGACUGGGUCUAAAGGUGAUCGGCGGGUAACAAGGAGUCGGACAUUAAAACUUGUGGAGCUAUCCCCGACAUUACUUACGACCUCCUGAUGAGCAGCAUCAAUACUCAUACUGACAACGAUAAAUGUGAUCCGUCGCUGCAUAUGAAAAAGAAUCAACAUGGAGCAGACUGAAGUGAUCGUGAGCAAUUUCCCAUCGAGCGCAGAAGCGGCGGACUUAGCUGCCUAUCUGCGCAGUGUGUUGGGUAUAGUGGAUAGGGUCAAAGUGAAGCAAAUUACACGUCCGUAUGCAUUUGUGAAGUUUUUGUCAGCCACAGUAGCUAAACAAGCCUGUCACGAUGCAGAAUGUGGGCGUCUCAUUUUUCAGGACUGUAAGUUGAAGAUAGUUCCGUGCACCAGUCAAGGAAGCUCAGAAGUUUGCCAAAGAGGAGAGGUAAUUGAACUGAGACGAGUUCAACUGCAACUGGGGACUCUCAUCGGCCCACAAGAUUUUUUACUGAGCUGGAGGGUACCAGGAUACGAAUGCAGUCUUCGAAUAAGCAAAAAGCGAGGGAAAACGUUUCUGUUCUUUUCUUAUGAUAAGGUCAUGAGUCCAAACUUACAAGAUACAGAACCAUGUGAAUUCAAGCUGGAGCUAUCAGUUAAAGAAGUGAGAAAGAUUCAGACACAGAGGGGUCGAAUGCCAGAAAUGAUGAUAGUAAUGCAGCUAUUUUCACCUCCGCUUAUCAGUUACAGAACAAGUCAAGGUGACGGCGUUUACUGCACUACUCCUGUUCCACUUCCAGAUGAUGAGGACCCGUGGAUUCGUACAGUCGACUUCUCUCCCCACAGGAGUAUCGGCAGAUGUCUGACUUAUAUCAUCAGUGUCCGUCCUACUGAAUACACACCGUUCCGGCGGAUGAUGGACUUUUUCAUGGAGCAAAGGUUGUGCGGCUCAGUUCUUCAGAAUCUGAACUUUCUCUACGAAGAGAUUGAUUGUAAAAAAGGGCAGAAUUAUUUUUUUGUCCACCACCAGAAAGGCGUCCCUUUUGAACUAAUGUUUUUGGUAAAUGCUCUGGUACACCGGGGUAUAAUCAACAUGACAAGCUUGACUCAGGAGUUUUACGAGACUGUCAUGUCUGAUCGUGCUGUGUCACUUUUCGCUUUGCAGCAUAUGCUCACUUACACCCACCCUGUCUUUAAUGCUGUUCUGCGAGUCCAACAAGUUCAGGAAUGGACGCGCAAGAAUGACAAGUUUAGGCAAGGUGAGAAGGCUCUCGCAUUUGGGAGUAUAUUGAUGUACCGAGUACUAUUCACACCAACCAGAGGAAUUUGCACUUUGCCAGUGGUAUCAAGGUCCAAUCGAGUGCUCCGCCAUUACCACACUCUAUCAGACCGAUUCCUGAGAGUUUCUUUUGUGGAUGAGGAUCUUCACCAAAUAUCCCCAGGUUCUUUGACUGUACCAGUUUCACGCAGCGUACGUUGCUUGUCUAGUACAUAUGAGUAUAACCGCACUGAGAUUCACAGAAGGAUUCUAGACAUAGUAGAAAAUGGCUUCAAGCUCUGCGGUCGGCAAUACUCGUUCCUGGCAUUUUCUUCCAGCCAGAUGCGUGGUGGCUCUGCUUGGUUUUUUGCAAGCACUGGCAAUGUAAACACCCAUCUAAUCAGGCAAUGGAUGGGAAAAUUUCCAAGUCAAAAUGUUGCUAAGUAUGCAGCGCGCAUGGGGCAGUGCUUCUCAUGUUCUUUUCCAACCCUCCCCGUUCUGAAGGCGAUGGUGCGGAAACUUCCCGAUGUGGUUCGAAAUGGGUACAUCUUUAGUGACGGAUGUGGAAUGAUUGCUCCGGAUUUUGCACUUAGAGUCUCUCUAAGCUUGAAGUUGGAUUAUACACCCUCUGUAUAUCAGAUACGUUACGCGGGAUAUAAAGGAGUAGUAUCUACAUGGCCUAUUCCAGGCCGGCACUCUCACCUCGGAUUGCGAGACAGCAUGAAGAAGUUUGAAUCGGGGCAUACGGAGCUGGAAGUCGUAAACUGGUCUAAGUACCUUCCCUGCUACUUGAACCGGCAAAUAAUAUGUCUUCUUUCCACCCUUAAAGUAGAGAAUGCAGUCUUCAAAUCACUUCAAGAUGCUCAGGUGGCACGCUUGAAGGCUAUGCUUGGAGAUCCAAAUCAAGCUUAUGAGAUUGUAACUACUAGCUGCUCUGAUUCUCACUCUACAGCAGCCACUAUGCUUCGCGGAGGAUUUCUCCCUUUGAAGGAGCCUCAUCUCUAUGAAUUACUGGUCUCUAUCAAGUUCAGCCUGCUGGAGGAUUUAGUUUCAAAGGCUAGAAUAUUUGUACCUAAUGGACGUUGGGUCAUUGGGUGUAUGGACGAGACUGGGUUGUUGAAUUACGGGCAAUGUUUCAUUCAUGUAUCUGGCCCUGUAAGCAAGGCCUGCCUUGGAGGAGAUGGAAAUAAUCUGGGACAUAGUGGACUCCUGCAGGUGAUCACGGGAAAGGUUAUUAUGGUAAAAAAUCCAUGCUUGCAUCCUGGAGAUAUCCGCAUACUGGAAGCAGUGGAUCUGCCGGAAUUGCACAGCAUGGUCGACUGCUUGGUUUUACCACAGAAUGGACCAAGACCGCAUCCAAAUGAGGUCUCUGGCAGUGAUCUGGAUGGGGAUGUAUACUUCACUUGUUGGGACCCGAAUUUGAUUCCACCUAGUGGAGAAAGUUGGGAGCCUAUGGAAUAUGCUGCGCAUGAUUCCAAGAUACUAUACAGGCCUGCCAACAUUAAGGAUGUGAAGAAUUUUUUUGUGAACUCCAUGAUGAACGAUAAGUUGGGAUUUAUAUCCAAUGCUCAUGUAGCUCGUGCAGACAAGAGUCCUGAAGGGGCUUUGGACAGUGAUUGUCUACGUCUUGCCCACUUGGCAUCAAUCGCGGUGGACUUCCCCAAAACAGGGAAGAAUGCAACCAUGCCACAUGAUUUGAGGGUAAAUGAAUGGCCAGAUUUUAUGGAGAAAGAGGGUGCUGUCACCUACCAAUCAAACAAAGUAAUCGGAGAACUUUACAGGUCAGUCACCAAAUUCUUGAAGGCGGAAGUUGAGCAGCACCAGCAUGCAGAUAACGCUGUCGACUUGGAUUCAAUAUAUGACUACGAUCUCCAAGUACCUGGAUAUGAAGUAUACUUAGACGACGCAUGGACAAAGAAAAUAUCUUACGACCGGCAAUUGCGAUGUAUGAUGACUCACUUCAAUGUGCAGCGAGAGGCAGCUCUUAUUGCAAGCUGGUUGAAGCGCGGGUCUCCUGGCCUCAGAUCUGUUAAUCGGAACCGGGGAGAUGCAUUUGCCCAAUCUUAUGGGGUUCUUUACGAAGAAUUCCGAGCUCAAUUUGAAGGGCUUAAAAAAGGUCUUGAUCCUGAUGGUUAUAGUGAAGACAUGGUAGAGAGUUCGUCUUCAGAGAUUAAGGGCCCAACUGAUUUUGCCGCAAAGGCCUCUGCGUGGUACCAUGUGACCUACCAUCCGGAGUGGAAACAGAAGGCACUCGAAAUUUUUGAAAACUCUGGUGAGUCUUCACCACGUCCUUUGCUCAGCUUCCCAUGGAUAACUGCUUCUGUCUUGUCUAACAUCAAAUUGAUGAAGUUGCUUAAGGUCAAGGAGAAGGAAUAGAGUUUAAGCCUUUCUUGAGAGCCAGUAACCAAACAAUGGUGCUAUGCAUCAAGUAGUGCAUUUGUCAUCUUGUCAAUUUCGUUUUUGGAAUUUCAGUCGAUCGUAACAGCAAGCCAAUGAUAUGUAAACGCAUCAUAGGGUAUUGUCCAAUGUGCUUUGAAUUGAUAAUGUUAAUGUUUACAAAGUUACUAAAAAA